AUAUCAACUUUCUGUGCGAACGUCAGCUACGGAUGGGGGGACUGGGUGAAGAUGGCUGGGACGUUUGUGAUGAUGACAGGCCCCGCCCCGCCCCUCCUUGUCUGGUGUACUCGGUCGGAACGUCACUUGGAUCCACCUUUGAUGACGACGUUCGGCGCCUCUACCGUUGUGAUGUUGUUGCGUUGAGAUCUCACCCUGUUGAACACCACCGCCGUGCCCCUGGGCUGACGGUGAUGAGGGCAGGACUGGGCGUUGUCUACACAGGGAACAGAUGGGAAUUUCUCACCCUCUGGACACUUCAGGGACGCCUCAAUCAAACACAUCGGACGCUGGAUAUUCUCAAAAUCGACUCCCAUGAUGAAGAUAAUAUGGCUUUUGAGUUACUGAUAAUGGCACGUGACCUGUCACACGUCAGGCAGCUGUUGAUUGAGUUCAGAGGGAGGCCAAGCACCAACCUCCACUCUCAUCCGUCGUCUGAAGGUGCUGAGGAAAAUCCAUGAUGCGGGCUUCAGGAAGUUCUCAGUCCACGCAAAGAAGAAUUGUUCUUAUACAGAACCGUCCUUACCUUAUGAAGUAACUGGUUGUUACAAAAUGCACCUUGUCAACAAAAACUCCGGGGAAUUCCAGCGUACAUAGUGUUCACAACGAUUGGGCAUUAAAGCAAACUU